AUGGAUAUCAUGCUGAUUCGAUGGAUAAUCGUUCUCUUCGGAGUAAGUGUAGGAUCAUGUCUGACGCUGGAAAAUAAUUCUACUGCCACGCCCCAGAAUAGUACAACGAAUUUGUCAACACUGAAUAACGAUUUACAGCAAAGUAUUAAGCCCAAACGCCAGCUCGACGAGUUUGACUUUGAUUCAAGUACAUUCGACGAUUUACCGAGUAUAUUUCCCGCUAAAGAAAUCACCAGUCUAAGUACUUUUAAUGAUGAUGAAAUCGAAGAUAUUAGUGGAUUUAUACCUUCCGCCUCGUUUAAAGUUACACGAAGCAACUCUGAAAGUCUUGGUACGCAUGGGGAAAAUUAUGAGUCUCCUAAUCCUCCUGCUCCAAAUUAUCAUUCUUCUCCACAAGUAGCUUCGCAAGCAACUAAUUCCCAAGCCAAUCUCUACUCUAAUGAAGAUUCAGAAGCAUUAAGUCAGGUACGCCAAACUGAGACAUCAUAUAAUAAUCAAGUAACAACACCAUUGUACAUUGAUAGUUAUGUUACUCAUCCGAAGUAUGCUGCGACUAAGUCUAGCGCUUUUCCAAGUGAAAACCAGUAUAAAGUCCCAGCUAAGGUACAAUUUAACUCUUAUCCUACAUUGUCUGAACUUGCACCUAAUGUUCCCGUCUACGGUCCAAUCGCUCAAGUUUCAUUACAUUCUAUUGUCCCAAAUAAUCAUCAUCAGGUUCAACAAUCGGCUUCACAAAAUACUGCCUACAAGGCACCAAUAGCUCACAAUUUUAAGAAUAUUCACCCUACGACCAAAGUCUAUGCCCCAUUGCAUGCUCAUAAUCAACAGCAGCAAUAUGACCCUCAAUUUCAAAAUUAUGCACAUAAUCCUUAUGAUAAUGUUCAGUACACUACUACUCCAGGACUAGAAAUAAGUAAUAAAAAACUUGAGCUUCCAGUCAUACAAUUACAAACAGCACAGAAUUAUCCAGGUUAUAUACAAACGCUAGAAACAACACCACUGAUUUUUAGUAGUGAAACCGGUCUACAGUACAAAGCAGAUCCAGGGUUUAGACUAUCUUAUGAAUUCGCCAAACCAAAACAUAAUCAUCCUAAUCAAAGAUCUGGUACUAAUUCGCCAUUCUUAGGUGUUGCAAGCCCAAUUCAAGUUUUGCCUGUACAAACUGCUAGUAGUACUGCUCAAUUUCCGAAAUUCAAAGGAGCUAGUAUUGGGCAGUUCCCUAGUAGAGGUUUUUCAAAGAUACCAAAUGAUUAUCAGGAAUUUAAAUCACAGCCACAGUUACACUUUAAUGCAAAUGCAAAUACUAAUCCAAAAAGCUAUCAUCAGUCUGCAUUUUAUACGAAACCAUUAGAAGAAAUUAGAACUGACGUGGAGGUUAUAGACAAAAUAAAGCCUAUUCCCCCUCUACCUAAAACAGAUGAUGAUGAUGAUGAAACUGCUGAUGAUGAUAGUGGAGAAGGUUUCAAAAAGACCGACAGUUAUUUCCCUAAAAACGAUGACGAUGAUGACGUCGAAACGUUACCGAAAAAAUACUUUAAACAGUCAGAAUUGGAAGGCGACUUCCAGCCUUCCAAAUCUUAUCCAUUUGAUGAAUAUGAUGGUAAAUUUGGCAAGCAAAAAAAAGUAAAUAUUAAUGAUGAAGAUGACGACGAUGACGAUGACGACGAUGCGAAUGUAAAUCUAGCCGCUAAAUAUCGAUAUCUAGCUAAAUCAGAAGACGACGACGAUGAUGACGAUAAUGACGAGAAUGCAAGUGCAGAAGAUAAACCCAAAUCUAAGUAUAAAGUUUAUCCUUUGCAUAAAAACUUCCGUAAAAAUAAAAACAUUGAAGAUGACGAAGAUGAAGAAGAAACUCAGAAACAAGAGAAACGAGAAAAAAUUCUGGAUCGUGAACAGCAUGGCCGAAGGAAAAGUAAAGGUCAUAAGGGACGUAGUAAGAGUUAUGCUGAUGAAUUUGAAGAAACAUUUAGAAGGAAACCUAACAAACUUAAACAUUCUCAUCGUCGUUCAAAAGGUUCCAAAGCCUCAAAAGAAUCCAACGAAAGACCUCGAAUAUCUGCAAGUUACUCUGCAUCAGCAUCGCUGAAAAAAAAUCGUCAUCGUGCUUACCGCGAUGAAAGUGGUGAACCAUCUAGUCGGCCAUCAUCUCUGUCAGGACCGACAAGACAAACAUUUAAAAGAGAUUAUAGAUUGGAAGAAUCUGAUAAGCCUAAGAAGGACAUUAACAGAAAAACUUUACCACAGGUUGUUUGGCAAGAUUCCUAUGGAAUGAGAGUGAACAAUCCUGAGGACGAAGCGUUACGUUCCAGUUAUUCAAAGGAAGAAGCUGCUGUGAUCGACAGUUAUGGAAGUACGAGAAAGCCAUCCACAACUUCCAGCCAAGAAUUAACAACAAAACUACCGCACAAAAGUACAACACUGCCUUCCCAAAAUGAUGAUAAACUUGGUUCCUCAACGUUCAGUAGACGUGGUAGUUGGAAAUCUGCAGGAAUAAAAAUCAAGCCGAUUUCUAACGAAAGCUACAGCAAACCAUCAGGAUCAGGAUUGAAAGCUCUUGUAAACCCAAAGCAAAAUUACUUCAGUCCGCUUCUUGGUCGAGGAGAGAUUUUUCGUACUCUUAAAGGUGUAUGACGUGUUUAUUUAAUUAUUCACAGAGUAUUCAAAGUUUCGUAAAUUUAUUAAAGUGGACUAUGAGAAUAUAUAGGUAAACCUCACAGUGAUGAGAGUAAAAAAUGUACUAUCUUAACUUUCAGUGGAGUGCGCUACCAGAUCACUCUUAUACAAUAAGUUUUAGCUGUUUUACAUAAACUAUAUUUUUCUAAAAAGUAUGAACGU